UCUCCGGCCCCCGCUGUUUCCGGCGUUGUACGGAAGUCGGGUGCUGGUCUGGUCAGUGCCUGGCCAUUUGGUACCCUUACAGCGCGCCUUUUCCAGCUCUCUCUCCUUAGGCGGCCUCCGGGUAUCGCUGCCAGUCCCCAGCCAAGUGCAGUUAGGGGAACCCAUUGCCCUCGGCUAUUGUCUGCGGUGCGGCUCCCCCCUUGCUUCCUCUCUGAACUUGUCUGCUACGCACUUCCUCUCACUUGUCUGAGCCGUGUGCCGCCCAUGGCAGGGGCCGCUCAGACCACGGCCUUUGGGCAAGCGGUGAUCGGCCCGCCGGGCUCGGGGAAGACCACGUACUGCCUGGGCAUGAGUGAGUUUCUGCGAGCGCUGGGCCGGCGCGUGGCGGUGGUGAACCUGGACCCGGCCAACGAGGGGCAGCCAUAUGAGUGCGCCGUAGAUGUGGGCGAGCUGGUGAGCCUGAGCGACGUUAUGGACGAGCUGCAGCUGGGGCCCAACGGCGGUCUGCUGUACUGCAUGGAGUACCUAGAGGCCAACCUGGACUGGCUGCGCGCGAAACUCGACCCCCUUCGCGGCCACUACUUCCUCUUUGACUGCCCUGGUCAAGUGGAGCUCUGCACACACCACGGAGCCCUGCGCAGCAUCUUCUCCCAGAUGACGCAGUGGGACCUCAGGCUGACUGCUGUCCACCUGGUGGAUUCUCACUAUUGCACAGACCCUGCCAAGUUCAUUUCAGUACUGUGUACCUCCCUAGCCACCAUGCUGCAUGUGGAGCUCCCCCAUGUCAACCUCCUCUCCAAGAUGGACCUCAUUGAACACUAUGGGAAGCUGGCCUUCAACCUGGACUACUACACAGAGGUCCUGGACCUCUCCUACCUGCUUGACCACCUGGCUUCUGAUCCUUUCUUCCGCCACUAUCGUCAGCUCAAUGAGAAACUCGUGCAGCUCAUUGAAGACUACAGCCUGGUCUCCUUCAUCCCUCUCAACAUCCAGGACAAGGAGAGCAUCCAGCGGGUCCUGCAGGCUGUGGAUAAAGCCAAUGGCUACUGCUUCGGGGUCCAGGAGCAGCGGAGCCUGGAGGCCAUGAUGUCUGCCGCUGUGGGAGCGGACUUCCACUUCUCCUCCACCCUGGGCCUCCAGGAGAAGUACCUGGCGCCCUCAGACCAGCCAGUGGAGCAGGAGGCCAUGCAGCUCUAGCAACAAGCUGGGCUCUUGUUGGAGGAGGACGCACAACCCAGCGCUGGGGAGCAUGGUGGCUUCCAGGGAGCAGCAGACUGCGCGGCAGGCUGCAGAUCCAAGAGCAGCCCUCACAGGGGGAGACUGGCGAGGGGAUACACAGCCCUGCAGAGGAGUUCGGCCAGAUCCAGACCUGUCACCAAGCAGAGCACUCUCAGUGCUCUGGGCACUGCCAGCAGGAAUCCAGCACUGGCUCCGCUUGGGCUGUGAUGGAACAUGCUACAAUACAAGAGUUUAUUUUCUA